GGGAGAGAUAGAGAGAGAGAGACGACUCUCCAACUCUCUCCCCAAAGCCUGUGGUGUUUGGUUUGGUGUAGAUAGAUAUAUAUUUUAGAAAGACAUUCAUAUUUUCAUAAAUUAUUCACUUUUCACCAAACCCUUCUUCUUCUUCUUCAAAACCCAGAUCUCAAACUUUUCUGGGUAGGAAUCCGAUUCAACAACUUUCCGUAGUUUUUCUGAGAGGGUUAAGAAAUGGCUACCCCAACAAGAAUUGGUCUUGCUGGCCUUGCUGUUAUGGGCCAAAAUCUUGCUCUCAACAUUGCUGAGAAAGGAUUCCCUAUUUCUGUUUACAACCGGACCACUUCAAAAGUUGAUGAGACCGUUGAACGAGCCAAACUGGAAGGAAAUCUUCCUUUGUAUGGCUUUCAUGAUCCUGAAUCCUUUGUUAACUCAAUCCAAAAACCUCGUGUUAUAAUAAUGCUUGUUAAGGCUGGUGCACCUGUUGAUCAAACCAUCAAAACCCUGUCUGUUUACAUGGAAAAAGGAGACUGCAUUAUUGAUGGCGGUAACGAGUGGUAUGAGAACACCGAGAGGAGAGCGAAAGCCAUGGCUGAGUUGGGUCUGCUUUAUCUUGGAAUGGGAGUUUCAGGUGGUGAGGAGGGUGCUCGUCAUGGACCCUCUAUGAUGCCUGGAGGUUCCUUCGAGGCUUACAAGUACAUAGAAGAUAUCCUUCUUAAGGUGGCUGCUCAGGUUCCUGAUAGUGGCCCUUGUGUUACUUAUAUUGGGAAAGGUGGAUCUGGCAAUUUUGUCAAGAUGAUUCACAACGGGAUUGAAUACGGUGAUAUGCAACUGAUUGCAGAGGCCUAUGAUGUUCUGAAAUCAGCUGGCAAGCUCUCUAAUGAGGAAUUGCACGAGGUUUUCACAGAGUGGAACAAGGGGGAGCUUCUAAGCUUCUUGAUCGAGAUCACCGCAGAUAUAUUUUCAAUUAAGGAUGAUAAGGGAGAUGGGCAUUUGGUAGACAAGGUUCUGGAUAAAACUGGCAUGAAGGGUACUGGUAAAUGGACGGUUCAGCAAGCUGCUGAGCUGUCUAUUGCCGCACCAACUAUCGCUUCAUCUCUGGAUUCAAGAUUCCUCAGUGGGUUGAAAGAUGAAAGAGUUCAAGCUGCGAAGGUCUUCCAAUCCAGUGGCGUGGGUGAUAUCCUCACCGACCAAAUUGUUGAUAAGAAGAAGUUGGUUGAUGAUGUGAGACAAGCACUUUAUGCAUCCAAAAUUUGUAGUUAUGCUCAAGGAAUGAAUUUGAUACGGGCAAAGAGCGUAGAGCAAGGGUGGGACUUGAAACUCGGGGAAUUGGCUAGGAUUUGGAAGGGGGGUUGCAUUAUUCGUGCUAUAUUUUUGGACCGCAUUAAGAAGGCCUACGACAGAAACCCAGAUCUCGCGAACCUUCUUGUGGAUCCGGAGUUUGCUAAGGAGAUGAUUGAUCGACAAUCUGCUUGGCGAAGAGUUGUAUGCCUUGCGAUCAACUCGGGCAUUAGCACUCCUGGUAUGUCUUCUAGUCUUGCUUAUUUCGACACAUACAGGAGGGAACGACUGCCUGCUAAUUUGGUCCAAGCUCAAAGGGAUUACUUUGGCGCUCAUACUUAUGAGAGGAUUGAUAUGUCAGGGUCUUUCCAUACUGAAUGGUUCAAGAUCGCCAAACAGUCAAAGAUCUGAUUUGUGGUGGUAGUUUUCUAUCACAUCGAAUCAUUGUUGUCAACCUAAUAAUGUUUCCUUUUUCAGACUGAAAAUGGAUAUUUGUCUCUGCUGUUUAUGUGGGGUUGUUUGUCAUUUCUCUGCAGUUAAGUUUUCAAUUAUGGUAAUGCUUCUGGAGAUCAUUCUAUUUCUGUUUCUCUUGGGAAUGUAUCCGGGAAUAUUUGUAGUUUUAUUAUUCUGUAUUAAAGGAUCCAAUCCUUUGACAUUUUGAACCACCUUUUACAGAAAUAAGAGCAUAUAUGUUUUCCAUUUGA